UUGCUAUAAUUUCUAACUGCUCCAAAAUGAGGAAAAUUAUGAAGCAGGGAAAAAUCGUUAUCGUCCUUAGCGGACGAUAUGCUGGACGCAAAGCUAUCAUUGUCAAAACCCAUGACGAUGGUAAUGCCGAGAAACAAUUCGGACACGCUCUAGUAGCUGGCAUUGACAGGUACCCAAGGAAGGUAACCAAAAAGAUGGGCAAGGCUAAGUUGAAGCAAAAGUCCAAGAUCAAGCCAUUCCUCAAAGUAUUGAACUACAACCAUCUGAUGCCCACUCGUUAUGUCGUCCAUGACAUCAGCUUUGACAAGUUGUCAACAAAGGAAGCAGCAAAAGAUUUGAAAGACCCCGUGAAGAGGAAAACACACCGUUUCCAGACACGAGUCAAAUUCGAAUCAACAUACAAAGAGGGAAAGAACAAAUGGUUUUUCCAAAAAUUAAGGUUUUAAUCGAAAUGGACUUCAAAUUUGGUUAUAAAUAAAAAAAAAGUUCUUUUUAUAAA